AGAGAGACGCAUUAUUUUGUUGCUCUGCUUUUAGUUUAGUUUUGUUUUUUCCCUUGGUUUGUUUGGAUUUUGUUGAAUUAAAUUUGUGUUACUUCUGUUGAAAUACAAGACGCUGAGACAGCAGCAAUGCUAAGAAACUGCAACAAAAUGCACUGAUUACGAGAUAAUUCUUAGUAACAAAAAACAAAGGCGCGUCCGCUUGUUGCUGUUGCGUAUAAAAAAUAUUAAUAUUCACAAAGGCUACGCUUGUAUUAAAGCGUAUACCAUUUGUAGUGUUGAAGCUAUAUAUAAAUAAUAUAUAAUGCAUCGGAGUUGGACCUGUUGCUUGUGGCUGUUGUUGUUAAGCGCAGCUAGCGAUGCGAGCUAUAAAAAUCAGCCAACUAACUCGGAUGAAUUUGAGCUCAAGCAGAUAGCGGAUACGCUUAAUUAUAGGCAAUAUUUAAAAAAGGGCAAGGCUGAUAAGCCUUGGUUCAAUAGUCUAGACAACCCGGAUGACAUGGAGUGUGUGCGCAAAGCGCGCUGCUACAAUUCCACGCACAGGACAUGCUUCGGCACUAAGUUGCCUUACGAGCUAACCAGUCUGGAUCUCACAGAUUAUCGCAAGGAGGAGGAACUCAAUGAGGCACUUAACAGUUACUAUGCACUACGACAUGUGCCCAAAUGCUGGGCCGUAAUACAGCCAUUUCUCUGCGCCGUAUUCAAACCCAAAUGCGGGGAAGUUCAGGGUAAGGACAUGGUCUACCUGCCUUCCUAUGAAAUGUGUCGGAUUACGCUUGAGCCCUGUCGCAUAGUUUACAAUACUACAUUCUUUCCAAAAUUCUUGCGCUGUAAUGAAACCUUGUUUCCAAGCAAGUGUCACAAUGAUGUGCGCGAAAUGAAAUUCAAUGCAACGGGCAAAUGCAUGCCACCGCUAGUGCCGGCAGAUAAUGCCGCCAGCUACUAUCCGGGCAUCGAAGGCUGUGGCGUGCAGUGCAAGGAUCCUUUAUACACCGACGACGAGCAUCGACAAAUACACAAGCUUAUAGGCUAUGGUGGUAGUCUAUGUCUGCUGGCCAAUCUUUUCGUAGUGGCUACGUUUCUCAUCGACUGGCAAAAUGCCAACAAAUAUCCUGCAGUGAUUGUGUUUUAUAUUAAUCUGUGCUUUGUUAUAGCCUGCAUAGGCUGGCUGCUGCAAUUUACAUCAGGCUCACGCGAGGACAUUGUUUGCCGCAAGGAUGGCACUCUGCGUCACUCUGAGCCCACCACCGGGGAGAAUCUCUCCUGCAUUGUCAUCUUUGUGCUUGUUUACUAUUUUCUCACCGCCGGCAUGGUUUGGUUUGUGUUCUUGACAUAUGCUUGGCACUGGCGCGCCAUGGGGCAUGUGCAGGAUCGCAUUGAUAAGAAGGGUUCCUAUUUUCAUUUGGUCGCCUGGUCGCUACCCUUGGUCCUGACCAUAACCACCAUGGCUUUAAGCGAAGUUGAUGGCAGUGGCAUUGUAGGCAUCUGCUUUGUGGGCUAUAUAAAUCACGCCAUGCGCGCUGGAUUGCUGCUCGGCCCACUCUGUGGUGUUAUACUCAUCGGCGGUUAUUUUAUAACACGCGGCAUGGUGAUGUUGUUUGGACUCAAGCACUUUGCCAAUGAUAUUAAAUCCACAUCGGCUAGCAACAAGAUACAUUUGAUUAUAAUGCGCAUGGGCGUGUGUGCCUUGCUCACUUUGGUCUUUAUCCUGGUGGCCAUAGCUUGUCAUGUUACAGAGUUUAGACACUCGGCUGCAUGGGCUGAGAGCUUUAGAGCUUAUAUUAUCUGUCGCAUCACUUCAGUUUUUGAUGAGAACAGCACUUGUAAGAUUGAGAAUCGUCCUAGCGUCGGUGUGCUACAGCUGCAUCUGCUGUGUCUCUUUAGUGCUGGCAUUGUCAUGUCCACCUGGUGCUGGACGCCCUCAUCCAUAGAGACCUGGAAGCGUUAUCUAAGAAAAAAGUGUGGCAAAGAGGUUGUGGAGGAAGUCAAAAUGCCUAAGCAUAAGGUCAUUGCACAAACCUGGGCCAAGCGCAAGGACUUUGAGGAUAAAGGACGUCUCUCCAUUACGCUGUACAACACACACACGGAUCCUGUGGGCUUGAACUUUGAUGUGAAUGACUUAAACUCCUCGGAAACGAACGAAAUCAGCUCCACUUGGGUGCAUUACUUGCCGCAGUGCGUCAAACGUCGCAUGGCCUUGACGGGCGCCACGGGCAAUACCAAUUCCUCUAGUCAAGGACAAGCUGGACGCAAGAACUCACUCGACUCGGAGAUAAGCGUUAGUGUGCGUCAUGUAUCUGUUGAAUCGCGACGCAAUUCUGUCGACUCACAAGUGUCUGUAAAAAUAGCUGAGAUGAAGACCAAGGUAGCCUCACGCUCCAGGCAGCAUGGCAAGCAGGGCUGCCAGAAGCGCACGCAGCGACGCCGCGACUUUAUAGCCGCCAGCAGUGGACGUGCUAAGUAUAGCAGUGGGCGUGGUCGACGCGAGAGCAGCACUUCAGUGGAAUCGCAGGUGAUAGCCUUUGCGCAAAGCACCAAGAAGCAACAGCACAGCAGUCGACGACGCAAUGGCGGAUUGGAUCCAAGCAUCAUAAAUGAUUUCAUUCAAAAGAACGGACAGUUUAUAUUGCCAUUUCUGCAGCAUCAAGGCAUGACCAGCAGCAGCGAGGAGGAGGAUAAUUCACGUGCUUCAUUCAAAAUACAAGAUCUCAAUGUGGUGGUUAAGCAGCAGCAACAGUGCAGCGAUGAUGAUGAUGAUCAGUAUGGCGGUGGAGGCGCUACUAUAAAAGAGCUGCCCAAUAAUAAGGCAGCUGCCUUGGAGCAGUUUCUUAAGCAUAUGCAAAAGUCCCAUGAUUCACAACGUCAAUCACGCAACUCGCAACGCAGUCGCAAAUCUCGCAAGGAGCCGCAGCAAUUGGAACUGGAGCCGGCUGACAGCCACAGCGAAUUCAAACGCAACUAUGCACGUCAAUUGGCUGCGGCCAUGGAUGUGCAUGCUGACUCCUUAAGUUGUUCCUCCGUCGAAUUGGAUUUACCACUCGGCGACAUGCUGCAUAGCUCCUACUCUGGCUUGUCCACCGGCAAGCCCAAUUCACGCAAUAGCAAGACCAGCUGUGAUGUAGGCAUACAAGCGAAUCCCUUUGACAUAGCCACACAUACACUGCCACCUGUCUAUGGCAAUGAGGAACUGCAGCAGGCUAUGAGAUUGCUCAACGCAGCGAGCAGGCAGCGUCAUGAGCUCUGCGCUGAUGAUGCCACUGAGCUGCAUACGCUGCUGGGCCCACGUCAGCAUAGGGAACCCACACUCAUGAGUGAGUCGGACAAGCUCAAAAUGCUGCUGCUGCCCUCCAAGUAAGAAGCAUUUAACUUAAGUUUCUAAAACACAAAUACUUCCAUUUCAAAACGAAUUAUAAACAACGAAUACUCAUAGUUAUAGCUUAAGCUUUUGUACUUCUCUACCCGACUGUUACCUUAACUUAGUUUAUAUUAUGUAUAUUUUUAUAUACAUGUGUGUUUAUAUGUCUGUAUAUUGUUUUAAAUGUACAUUAAGUAUGAAUCCUUUUGGGUUCAGCGCACAACGAAUUCGAAAAUAAGUAAACGUCUUGUGUUAACUCAAGUGCCUACAAUUUUAAAUGUUGUAAACUAAUAAACUGAUUUUUU